GAAAAGCGAAAAGCUCCGACUUUCUUCCUCCCUAAAACCCCAAAACCCUCCCAACCUGCGCCGGCGACGCCGACAAAGUAAAAAUGAGUAGAGGGUCGUUUAUGAAUGCUACCGUCAGCCGGCUGCUACAGAGGGAAACGAUCACCGGCUUCACGGACCCAAUCAACAGAAUUCACCCGGUUUUCAGGAACCAAACGCACGCCCAGACCAGAGACUACCUUCGGAUGCCUCAUUUUCUUAGGAAAGCGAGGGAAUAUGAAAUCCCUCCGUCUCUCUUCUCGUCUACUUUUUCGUCGUCGUCAUCUUGUUCUUCUUCGGCACCGGCGUUUGCAAAGGUUGGACUUAUCGGUUGGUAUUUGGGGAUGGUAAAGUCACGUCCCAUUUUAACCAAGAGUCUCACUAGCUCGGUUAUUUAUAUUGCUGCUGAUUUGUCCGCUCAGACAAUUUUGCGGCCAUCUUCAGAAUCUUAUGAUAUGGUGAGGACAUUGCGUAUGGCUGGAUAUGGAUUCCUAAUUUUAGGACCAUCGUUGCAUUUUUGGUUCAACUUCAUGUCAAGACUCUUUCCAAAAAAGGAUUUAAUCACUACGUUUAAGAAAAUGGCCAUGGGGCAGACAACCUAUGGACCUGCAAUGACUGUUGCAUUCUUGUCUUUGAAUGCUCAACUACAAGGUGAAAGUAAUGCUGAGAUUGUUGCUCGAUUGAAGCGAGAUUUGCUUCCGACGAUGUUAAAUGGCGUCAUGUACUGGCCCAUUUGUGAUUUUAUUACUUUCAGAUUCAUCCCAGUCUAUUUACAGCCACUUGUUAGCAAUUCAUUUUCAUACUUAUGGACUGUCUAUAUGACAUACAUGGCAAGUCUAGAGAAAGCAGGCACAGCUGCAAGCUGAUUGAUCCUCUAACAUCAAAGUCUUCCAUGUACAAGAAUUGAUCACAGCCUUGGAGGAAGCCAAAAACAAAACUCAGGGAUUUCACUCCACUUUGAUUAGGUCAAAAGGGGGGGCAGAGUUCUGAUUAUGGAUUUUAUUUUCUUGUGUUCAGUUUUGUAACCUAAUGUGCAAGAAUCGUGAAAUAUAAAAUAUAUUAAAACUCUUAUUCUUUCUUUUUUCUUUGAUAUUGAGUUGUACAAUGAGGCAAAAACUCUGAUUCUAUUCAUAGACGUGAUGAUUGAUUUCCUUUCAUAAACGAUGUAAUAGGAGAAAUAAUGCAUUCGAUGUUAU